UUUUUCUCAAUUGUUAGGCGUGAGUUUGAGAGGACUGGAAAAGUUCGACCGCGCAGUAUUUAAGUUACGUCUAAGCAAUGGCAACUGGGAGUUCGGGUGAUAGCUACUAUUGCCACUCCUGCGAAGCUGAGGUCGUCCCAAACUUGCAGGUUAUUUUAAAAUAACGUUCGCUAAUUAUUGUUCAGGACUUUACAUGCUCAGCGUGUCACUCAGGUUUCAUUGAAGCAAUUAGCCCAGGAAGUGGUUUAUCAUCGAAUCCAACAGAAUUAGAUGCAAUGCAGAUGAUAGGUCAGCUAUUUGGAGGUUCGCUUAGCGAUAAUUUUGUUCGCUAUUUUGCAGCACCUAGAGAUGAUCUUAGUUCAACAGAUGAUGAGUCAUUAGAAAGGGAAAGUUUAUCUAGAAGGUCGCGACGAUCGACAAGAAAUUCAAAUCAUAGGUCGACACGAGAACGUGUGUAUACUCGUGUUCCUGAUGGUCGUCAUGCUUUUUCCACUCGUAUCCAGUUAUCAAGUGUGGAUCAUCCAUUCAGAUUGCCAUUCUUAUCAAACUUCGGAUCAGCUGAUGGAGAUAUGCAAAAUUUUGUUUUUAAUAGAGCUAUGUUUGACCAGUUUAUCACUGUGUUAAUGAAUGAGUUACAAGUGGGUCCGCCACCCGCGCCAGAAUCAGCCAUUGCAGACUUACCUACAACUAGUUUGACUGAAGAACAAGCAUUAAAGUUGGGUAUUUGUUCAAUUUGCUUCGAUGAUUUCAAAGAAUCCGAAUCAGUUAUCAGACUACCAUGUGCUCACACCUACCAUCAAACUUGUGUUACAACAUGGUUAAAACAGCACGGAACUUGUCCAGUUUGUCGAAAGGAUUUAUCCGGACAUGAUACUUCACGAUAUGAGGAUCCAGCUCCAAACUUAACAGGAAAUAGUAAUGGUUCAAGCUCUUCCACUUCUUAGUCUUCAUUAUUCUUUCAAUUUUUUUAAAAUAAAUAUAAAACCGUGAAUUAUAUUCAUUAAAUUUGUCUAUUUUCACACAAACACUUCAGAAACAAGCCAGCUAUACAUAUAUAUAUCCCUCCAGUAAACUGUCGUCGAAGUGUAUCAGCGAGAUGCUGUAUAGUUUCACCAUUUUCUCUUUUUUCCUGUCUCUUCCCAUUGUGUAGCAUAUUUUUUUCCUUGUGUAUGUAUGAUGAACCCAACCAGCCCUGUGUUAAUUUGUGUUUGAUAAUUUUUUCCCUGUUUCUUCCGAAAUCCAACUUUUCUAUUAAGAUUUAUUUUUACCAAGAUUGUUGCAUUAUCUUACCCAAUUAAUUUCACACUGACUAUUAAAUGCAUCCAUCUUUGUUUUUUUUCAUUAUUAUUAUUGUUCUUUUAUUCACCAGCUUCGUGAUAUGACUACUACUUGCUUUCUAAGCCCCACUCCACCUUUUUGCAAAAAUAAAAGUAAAUACCCAGAAGAGGGUUUUUCAUAUUUCUCUACUUGUAUUGUAGUAAUUGUCACUUAAUUAUCAAUCAAUAAAAAUAAAAUGACGAAACGAUUUUUCCUUUGGUUCAGUUUGAUUGAUUAUUUCAUCCGCUUUUUCAAUUCUCAUUUCAUUAUGUUGUCAAUUACUAUUGCGUAUCACAGCAUGGAUAUACAGUUAAGUAUUAUUGAAAUUUCAGUUCAGUAUCUAUGUCAUAUGAAGAAAACUUGAGUAUAUAUAAAAAUAAUUGCCUUAUUAAAUGUUUCCACAAUUCCUAUAAUUUAUACUUUGUUCAAGAUUUAUUUUGAUUCCUUGCUUCUUUAAACAAUCCGUAAAGGGACUUGAGAUUUAUUUGAUUACCCUGUCCCAAAAUAAAUCAAUCUGACUGGACAUGUCAAUAAUAAAGGUUGGUAGAAAUAUUCCUGCACCCUUUCAUGUUUGACUAUCAGUCUCAGUCCUCAUUAUUGUAUUAGAGGACUCCACUACUCAGUAUUGUUUCGUCACUAAUCAGCUUUUCUGUCAAUAUAUUUGUGCUCUAUUUUCAUUAAAUGGACCAAAUCCGGUUUAACCAUAAAUGUGUAAUCUAUGUCUUCAAUAGAACACACGUUUGUGAAUGAUUGAGGUGCAACUUGCACCUUAUCACCAGUCUGGUAUCAUAGACCAAUGGUUGUUAAUUUUCAACUUGAAUUUGUUUAACUAGGACAAAGUUUAUUUGGUAAGUUACUCGAUUUAAAUUUACACUCAUCCGAUUUAUUGUGACACAUGAACUUCACUUACAUUCCAUUCUACUUUUUGUUGGGUUUCGAAUAUGUCAAGUGCAAUGUUCUUCAGUACAACACAAUGAUCAGUCUACGUUCCUUAAUAUAACAUUUAAAGGAAUGAAUAGUUGGUCGAUCAUCUGAUUCCUUCGGAAUUAAUAGAAGACUUAACUCCUACUUAUACUCUGGUUGGAAUUAUUAUAAAGACUAACCCUUAAAAUUGGGUACUAGUGUGGUAACCUUCUGUGUUAUUUACCUCAUGACAGUACUGACCAACAUCAGUGCUUUCUAAUCAAUAGUACAGUCCCUGAUUUCCCAGACACUUGUUACUGCUAAGGGAAUAGCCAUAUCGCGAGUGCAGAUCUUAACAUAUAAACUAAGACUGACAAUUACUAUUACUACUUAAUACGAGUCGGUUACAUUUUCUCCUUGUGACUCCCUUUGAGUAGUAGUAGGUAUUACGGCUAAUUAUAUUCAAGUUAUUUGUUUUUGCCCUUGUAUACUAAAAUUCUUUCACAUAUUGUCCUUAACACAAAGGGAGCUAUAUAGUAUUGUAUUCAUGAGUUUUAGUUCCUUUUUUCAGGAAUAAUUUCACAUGUUACUUCAGUGAUAGUUAUUUUUAAAUUAUACAAUAGUAAUAAUAAGUUUACUUAACUGAUGAGCAACUGAG